GGACAUGGACGUGUUCCAGAAGGUGGAGAAGAUCGGAGAGGGCACCUACGGGGUGGUCUAUAAGGCCAAGAACAAGGAGACGGGCCAGCUCGUGGCCCUCAAGAAGAUCAGGCUGGAUCUGGAGACGGAGGGGGUCCCAAGCACCGCCAUCAGGGAGAUCUCCCUGCUCAAAGAGCUUAAGCACCCCAACAUCGUCAGGCUGCUGGACGUGGUGCACAACGAGAAGAAGCUGUAUCUGGUCUUUGAGUUCCUGAGCCAGGACCUGAAGAAGUUCAUGGACUCCACCCCGGUCUCUGAGCUGCCCCUGCACUUGGUCAAGAGUUACCUCUUCCAGCUGCUGCAGGGGGUGAGCUUCUGCCACUCACACCGGGUCAUCCACCGGGACCUGAAGCCCCAGAACCUGCUCAUCAACGAGCUGGGCGCCAUCAAGCUGGCUGACUUCGGACUGGCCCGGGCCUUCGGGGUGCCCCUGCGCACCUACACCCACGAGGUGGUGACGCUCUGGUAUCGCGCCCCCGAGAUCCUCUUGGGCAGCAAGUUCUACUCGACAGCCGUCGACAUCUGGAGCAUCGGUUGCAUCUUUGCAGAGAUGAUGACCUGCAAAGCUCUGUUUCCUGGCGACUCUGAGAUCGACCAGCUCUUUCGCAUCUUCCGGACCCUGGGGACGCCCAGUGAAGCCAUGUGGCCCGGAGUCACUCAGCUGCCCGACUAUAAGGGCAGCUUCCCCAAGUGGACCAAGAAGGGGCUGGAGGACGUCGUGCCCAAUCUGGAGCCGGAGGGCCAGGACCUGCUCAUGCAACUGCUGCGGUACGACCCCAGCCAGCGGAUCUCGGCCAAGGGCGCCCUCGCGCAUCCGUACUUCGUGUCCGCCAAGACCCCCCGGGCCCCCCACCAGUGCGCGCUGGAGCAUUUGUGCCGCUGAGCGCGUGUGAGGCCACCACCCUCGAGCCUCCCCGCAGCUGCUGCCCCGGCCGCCUGCUCACCAGCUGUCCAAGAAAGGAAACGUCUAGGGAGAGAGCAGAGCUCUAAGGAGUUUGGCCUCAGCCACCAGGGAGCUGAGUUUGGGUUAGUCCUGCUGACAAGUUAGCGAGUUGCUGUGUUGUUCGUGGGGUUCGACCGUGCCGGUUCAAGAUGGGGGUACAGAAGCUCUGGGUACGAGGGGCAUGUUAGAGGCGGGGUCUCCUGGCACUGGGGCAACCGCUGGAGGAUGGAGGAGAACGCCACCCAGCAGAGCCCUACUCUGCGGGAAAGGGUGCCCCCUGCUGGCCUCGUUGGGUUUAAAAUGUUUUGGAGAAGAGUUGAUUUCCAGUUGGAGUCCUCAGUUGAAAGAGAGGGGACGUUUCCCUGUUUCCAGGAGAGGUGGGGGUGCGUGUCGCUGUUCUGGGUAGUUGUCAGCUAGGACACGCUCACGUUUGUUUGUCUCAGGCCUUAAGAACAGGAAAUAAAAGUGAUGCAUUGA